AUGGCUCGCCUAGCAGGUCUGAAUGGAGUCUUCGAGACCUCGUCCAUUAGACUAAUUAACAUCUUUCACCCCAGAAACACCCCCAGAAGAACCACGGUUAUUGGAUUUGCUGGCAUCGAAGCCGGAGCCAAGGAAGAUGAACGACACCCACUAAUUUUUUCGAGAAGGGUUGCAUUAGGAGCCGCUGCUGUUGCUCUUUCAUUGUCCUCCGGCGCUCGCCUCACUCUUGCCGAGGAUAAUGGGUUGUGGCUCGAUGGACCCAUACCCAUACCACCAGUAUACAACAGGAUUGCAAACGAGGAAACUGGGACCCGUUCUUUUCUCAAGAAGGGACUUUACAUAGCAAAUGUUGGGCCCAAAGGAAGUGCUUACAGGUUAAGGAAGUAUGCCUUUGAUCUCAUGGGUUUAGGGGAUUUGAUUGGGCAAGAUGCUUGGAAUUAUAUGAGGAAGUACCUCCGACUCAAGUCCACAUUUAUGUACUAUGACUUCGACACUGUUAUCUCUGCAGCGCCAACCAAUGAGAAGAAACUCCUCACCAAUCUAGCUAAUAGAUUGUUUGAUAGUGUGGAGAAGCUUGAAGAUGCUGUGAAGAUGCAGAGUCUUCCCCAGACAGAGUCAUGUUAUCAAGACACCACAGCUAUUCUUCAAGAGGUAAAAAGUUCAAUGGAGUCGGAAGCACUGAAAUGGAAGCCUUCUCCUUAUGGCAUGGGAUUCCUCAAGCAGGAGAACUAAGAACAGAGUGCAAGAAGACAGUAGAUUUGCUUUAUCAAUAAUCAUCCAUAGAUCAUUUUGCCUAUGUUGCUGAAUAUAUGCAGGAAUAUGGUCUUGAGGUUUCAGAUCAUGUAUUAUUAAGUGAAACUAUUGCUAGGAGGCUCACUCCCUAGCAAGUUGGUUUAAAUUGGAGGCAAGUUUGGAAUGGUUACAAUCACAUAAUCCAUUGUUCUAAUUGUUAGAAUCAGGUAAUCUAUUUGUUCUAGGUGUC